CUACUCCUCAAGUACUAACCAGCCACAACCAAUGUGAAAGAAUAUCAACAUUCAACUAUUGUAAAAUAACAGAAGUCCGUGAUAUUCUUACCAAACAUAACGCAGCAAACAACUGUUGCAUUUUAUAUGAAUGAUUUUAUAAGUGCAUUUCGAAAAUGUAUUUUAAAAUGCCGUUUGUGUUAAUAAAUUGUUAAAUAACAUUUUAGUGUUAAUUAAUUUUAAAAAAAACUUAGCGGUUUAAGUGUUGUGAAUUAUUGUUAUGUGUGCUUUUGUAUAAUUUAGUUUGCCGAUUAAUUAUAUAGGUGACAAGCUGUCAACUGGUGGUUCGUCAAAGUACCAGUGCUUAGGGUGUGUCACUGCUGUUGUUAUUAUUAUUGGUAAUAAGAAGUACAACAAGAACAAGAAAAUUAAAACAAAAAACAACCGCCGUUAUAAUUCAUAUAAAUACAACGCCGUGAAUGUAAAAAAGAAGAUACGAAAAUGAUGAAGCAAAAGACUUGUUGUUCAACAAGCUGUUAUUACAAUUCAUAUGUUAUACAAUUUUUCUUUUUUAUAAUAUGCCUUCAAGCAAAUAUUUAUUCUACUUAUGCAGUUGUAAAUCCACCAUAUUUCACAGUUGUUGGUGCUCGCACAUUACGACCCGAUACUGCAUAUCAUGUGGCCGUCUCAAUGCAAGGUGAUCCAAAACGACAAUUAUAUUCAACAACAACCGUACAAAUAAGUAUUGAAGGGCGACUAGAUGCCGGUGGUUUAUUUAGCACAACACAAACAGCAACAGUUGAACCAUUUGUAACACGGGUGGUGAAAUUGGAAAUUGGUGACAUUGGUCCUGGUGACUACAACCUAACAGCAAUAGCUGUACCAGAUAACGGGGGUGGUGGCAGUACUUUUCGACAAACCAAAGAGUUGGAGUAUGUACCCAAAAGUUAUUCGGUAUUCAUACAAACUGACAAAGCAAUUUAUAAACCAGGACAUACAAUACGUUUUCGAUGUAUUGUAUUAGAUAAACGAUUACGGCCAGGUGUAACCGGAAGUAUUGAUGUUCGGAUAACGGAUGGAGGUGGCAAUCGUGUUAAACAAUGGAUUAGAGCUCUAACAUCCAAAGGUGUAUUUUCUGGGGAACUACCCUUAAGUGAAUCACCCGUUCUUGGAGAUUGGAAUAUAACCGUUGUUGUAUUAAAUCAAACCUUUACAAAAAGUGUUCAUGUUGCUGAAUAUGUUUUACCUAAAUUUGAGGUUAAAGUUGAUGCUCCAAAACAUGCUACUUUUGUCGAUGGUAAAAUCCCAAUUACAGUUCGUGCUCGUUAUACUUACGAUAGGCGUGUAAAAGGUGAAUUAACGGUAUCUGCAUAUCCAUUAAUAUAUUCUGGAAUUCUUCAACCAAUAUUCCAGGCGCCGGUUCGUCAUGUGCUCCCAAUACAUGGAGAUGCAACAAUAGAGAUUGAUUUGGCUUCGGAAUUGCAAUUAGGUGAUGAAUAUGAACGUCCAAUUGUUGUGGAAGCAAUUGUAGAAGAAGCGUUAACUGGUCGAAGACAGAAUUCUUCUACUCGUGUCAUAGUCCAUAAAUAUCCAUAUCGAUUGCAAUUAUUCAAAUCAUCUGAAUAUUAUAAACCUGGACUAGAAUAUUCUGCCCAGUUAUAUGUAUCGAAACAUGAUGGUACACCAGCCAAAGGAUCUGUGAUAAUACGUCAUGGUUUUUCUUAUGACAGUGAGAAAUAUACCGCAAAUGAAUACCAGCUAGACUCGCAAGGUUUAGUUGAUUUGAAAUUUAAAACACCAGCUUCCAAUCAUACCGUCUUGGGAAUUGAAGCGCAAUACGAAAAUUUAAAAGAAUGGUUCUCAGCUGUUACGGCAUCUUCAUCACUAAAUGGUGUAUUUAUUCAAACAACUUUGUUAACUGCAACGCCUGCUAUUAAUUCUGAUGUAGAAGUUCGUGUCGAAUGUACGGAGCCAUUUGCUUAUGUUACUUAUGAGGUUUUGGGGCGAGGUGAUGUUUUAGCUGCAAAUAUGAUUCGUUCAAAUGGUGAUCGUACAGCAGUCUUACGAUUUCCUGUAACACCUCCAAUGACUCCAACUGCUCAUUUAAUCGUUCAUUUAGUUACAAAUUCUGGCGAAUUAAUAGCAGAUGCUUUAGAUUUUGAUAUCGAAGGAUCUCUUCAAAAUUUCGUUGAUAUUGAUACAAAUGUACAAGAAACUGCACCAGGAAAAGAUGUAGACAUUACAAUUCGCACAAAACCCAAUUCUUACGUUGGCCUAUUAGGUAUUGAUCAAAGUGUAUUGGCUUUACGGAAAGGUAAUGAUCUCAGUUUGGAAGAAGUAGAACAAGAAUUAAGGUCGUACGAUUCCGGACAUGCAUCACCUUAUCGUAACAACGAAGGUGAACCGAUGCCAUUAAUUUGGCGUCCAGGAACUGAAACUGCUUACAACGCAUUUCAAGAUUCAGGAGCAAUUGUUUUAACAAACAGUGAAGUUGCAGAAAUGCAUCCUAUGCACAACGAGGGUCGGUCAGAGGGGAGUUCAAUUACUGCAAAGCCGGAUCUUGGGCCGGCCAUAGAGUUAGCCGGGGUUACAAGACCCCCAUUGGCUGGCCCAUAUGCAUUCAGUCGUAUACCACGUCCUAGAGUUUUGUGGAAUCAACCACGUAUAUUCUUCUCAGAUAUUAUUCCUCCAGAAAAUACUUGGCUAUUUUUAAAUGUGUCAACAGGAGUCGAUGGAAGAACAUCAGUACGUAGAACUGUACCCGAUUCAAUAACAUCGUGGGUAAUUUCUGCAUUUUCUGUUGAUCCAGUAUGGGGUCUCGGUUUAAUGAAAAUGCCUAAAAAGUUACGAGUGUUUCAACCAUUUUUCGUAUCACUAGAUUUACCAUACUCUGUUCGACGUGGUGAAAUAGUUGCCAUUUCGAUCGUAAUUCAUAAUUAUAUGGAUCGUGAUGUUAGUACAGAGGUAACACUUGACAAUACGGACCAGGCAUUCGAAUUUGCUGAAGUAUCAAAUGAGAUAUCUGACGCACAACCCAAAAUUGAACUAUACCGGAAAAAAACUUUAAUUGUUCCUAAAAAUGGUGGCGCUGGUAUAUCGUUUAUGAUUACGCCCAAAAAAUUAGGUUUUAUGGAUAUUAAAGUAACAGCCACGAGCUCAGUAGCUGGAGAUACCGUCCAUAAGCCCUUAUUAGUUGUUGCUGAAGGUGAAACCCAGUACAUGAACAAAGCUAUAUUUAUAGAUUUACGUAAUAAUCCAUUUUUGAAAACAAAUAUUACAUUAGAUAUUCCAAAAAAUAUUAUUCCUGGAUCUGAGUAUAUUGAAAUAUCUGCGGCUGGUGACAUUUUAGGGCCAACGAUUCUAAACUUGGAUCAAUUAAUUCGAAUGCCACAUGGUUGUGGUGAACAGAAUAUGUUAAAUUUGGUGCCCAAUAUUCUUGUUCUUGAAUAUUUAAAGAAUACACAACAAAUCACGCCAGCUAUCUCGAAUAAAGCAAUUAAAUUUAUGGAAGUUGGAUAUCAACAAGAAUUAACUUAUAAACGACCGGAUGGAUCAUUUAGUGCUUUUGGUACUUCUGAUCCAAAUGGAAGUGUUUGGUUAACUGCAUUUGUAGCUCGUUCUUUCCGCAAAGCAGCUGCAUUCAUAUCUGUUGAAGAAUCCAUAAUUGAUGGUGCAUUAAAAUGGUUGGCUGAAAAUCAGGCAUUAAAUGGUAGUUUCCCAGAAGUGGGAAAAGUAAGUCAUCAAGAAAUGCAGGGUGGUGCUGGGCGGGGUAUCGCUCUGACUGCAUACGUUUUAGUAACAUUUUUAGAAGCUGGACAAAUGUAUUCUUCGAAAUAUGCAAACACUAUUGAUAAAGCUGUCGAUUACAUUUCAAGAAAUUUAGGUCGCGAAGAAAAUAUUUAUGCUACAGCAGUGUCAGCUUAUGCUUUACAAUUAUCGAAUCAUCCAGCGAAACAAACAGCAUUGAAUUUAUUGGACACUUUCGCAAAUGUUACUAAAGAUAUGAAAUGGUGGGAAGUUCGAGUACCUGAAUAUGAACAAAAUAAUCCAUGGAGAUCAAUGCCAAAUGCUUUAAAUAUUGAAAUUACAUCUUAUGCUAUGUUGGCGUUAAUGCAAAGUGGAUUAUUUGAAGACUGUUUACCAAUACUGAAAUGGCUAAUAAUGCAACGAAAUCAAAAUGGUGGAUUUACGUCUACUCAAGAUACUGUAAUUGGUUUACAAGCGUUAUCAGAAUUAGGUGCUAGUUUUGCACAAGGUUCAAGAUAUCCAAAUUUGCAGAUAAAAUAUGAAUAUCAACAAGAUACAAUCAGCGAAUUUUCAAUAAAUCAACAAAAUUAUAUGAUAUUACAAAAACAUCAAAUACCAAAGAAAACACGCUUCUUAAAUAUUUCAGCAGAAGGCAACGGUUUUGGAAUUUUACAAGUUUCAUUCAGGUAUAAUGUUAAUGUGACUGGUGCAUGGCCAAUGUUUACAUUAGAUCCACAAGUUGAUCGCAAUUCAAAUCGUAACCAUCUUCAACUGUCAAUAUGUUCAGGUUUUGUUGGUAAUCGUAAUGAUAGUGUAGACGCACAAAGUAAUAUGGCCGUAAUGGAAGUAAAUCUUCCGUCUGGUUAUACAGUGGAUUCAGAAGCGUUACCAAGUUUACGAGCAUCUCCACACGUUAAACGAGUUGAAACACGAGACUCAAAUACACAAGUUGUUUUGUAUUUUGAUCAUAUGCAUCGUAAACAAGAGUACUGUCCAACAGUGUCAGCAUUUCGUACUCAUAAAGUUGCCAGACAAGUUCCAGUACCAGUUACUCUUUACGAUUAUUAUGACACAGCACGAAAAGCUCGAGUAUUUUAUGAAGCAAGGACUGCAACAUUAUGUGAUAUUUGUGAAGGAGAAAAUUGUGGUAACGUUUGCUCAAAUAAUCCAGAUCUACAAAAAGCUGAUGCUGAUGGUGAUGACAAAGGAGGUGUUUCUUCUGUGUUACCAUCAACGAUUAUCACAUUGUUACUUUUGUCUUUACCUUUUAUUUAUUAAUCUCAAUUUUUUUUAAAUUUUGCGCACUAGUCUUAAAAAAAAAGCAUUAUUAUUAUUUUAU